CAAGCAAUAAUGGUUGGCGACACAGUAGCUGACCUAAAAAUGGGACGCGUGGCUGGUUUGCGAGCCAGUGUUGGUGUUCUAACCGGAGUAGGCAACAGAGAUACUCUCAAGGAGUACACGGAUUACUUCCUUGACAAUGUCAGCGAGCUUCCAUGGUUGAUCGCGACGAAGAUAAACGAGAAUAUGAAAAGAGGAUAG